GUGAUUUCUGUUUCAGACAAAAGGCAGCAGCCCAGUCCAAGGGUAUUGUUAUCUUCUCCCAGCGUCGACCUUUGUUCUCCUUGGGUUUAGCCUGUCACUUCCUAGGGUUUGCCUCUGUCCCUUGUUGGGACAGCAGCACCUCCCACCCACUAGCAGCUCCAAGACACAGCGGAAGAGGUCUCAGGAUGCCAGAGCCAGCAAAGUCAACCUCAGCCCCCAAAAAGGGCUCCAAGAAAGCCGUGACAAAGACCCAGAAGAAGGGUGACAAAAAGCGUCACAAAAGCAGGAAAGAGAGCUACUCCAUCUAUGUCUACAAGGUGCUGAAGCAGGUCCAUCCUGACACUGGCAUCUCCUCCAAGGCCAUGGGCAUCAUGAACUCCUUCGUCAAUGACAUCUUUGAGCGCAUUGCUGGAGAAGCCUCCCGCCUGGCCCACUACAACAAGCGCUCCACCAUCACAUCCCGGGAGAUCCAGACAGCCGUGCGCCUGCUGCUCCCAGGAGAGCUGGCCAAGCACGCCGUCUCAGAGGGCACCAAGGCUGUCACCAAGUACACCAGCUCCAAAUAGCCGGGCAUCCCCUCUGCAGUGGGACCAUCGAGCUCCGGGCCCUCCACGCAAGCACAGGUAGGCAGCCAUGGUCUGGAUGAAUGGUCACAGCUAUUAUCCACAGCAAUUUGCAGCCUGGGGAUGGGCAUGAGAAGCUGCCCAGAGGAAGAGGAGAGAGUAUUCAGGAUGCCAGCUGAUUUUCAUAGUCUGUUCAGGAUGUGGAAAGGAUUUGUCGAGGCUGGUAGUGGAGGCCCUUGCUUUCACAUCUCAUUCGAAGAACUGACCAACCAUAGUACAUCCAGUCUCCUCUGUGCUUGGCAAACAUUCAUGUUUGGCACUGGGAGGGGGGGACUGGCAGCGGCAACACAGAGACACCAUCACUGAAGUCUUCCUGUUUGACUGCUCUCUCACAGUCAUCUGAUGUGGGUACUGAAGAGUCAGCGCUGCAUCCUCUCUCUCAGAGCCUGAAUCCCUCCUGGUGUGCAGUGGCUCAGCCCACCCUGUGCUGGCAGAAGUGGCAUCAACAGCUAUCAGGCACAUAUUGAUUCAACAGCUAUCUGUGCUUGACAGCCUGUUUUAAAGAGCAAGCCUGGCAGGCAGGCAGAUGCCCACGAUGAUGCCAAGCUCUAAUCCUCCUCCUUGCUCCUGAUGGAUGAGCCAUGAAGCAGGAUGAGGGUGCUGGCACUGGAGCUGCCCACUGCCUCCCACCUUGUGCUGAGGUGGAGGAAUGGACAAGGUGGGAUGCUGGGAAUGGGUCUCUGUCUUUCCUGGCUGCUGCUUUGCCUGCCUUAGGACUUGCUUUGGCAUGCAAGACAUUGCUAAUUCUGCUGCUUUUCAGAGACUUUUCCUGCCUUGAUGCUGCCUGGGUGCUCCAUUCCACCAUAAAUGUGGGCAAGAUGGGGUGGUGCCCAUGGGGGUCUCCUCUCCUGUGAGGAAUAGGGUGAUGCAGGACAGACAGCACAGCUGCUUUGGGCAGGUACUGAGGGUUUGGGAAGGCAUCUGGUGUGGGAACAGAGGUGGUUAGUGCAUUUUGAGGGGUAGGAGGAAGCUGGCUCCCCACAAAGAUCACUGCAGGCAGCUGGCCUGGCCCUGCCCUCCCUAAUUCAUUCAGCAGUUAAGAAGCAAAAGCAAAGUUGGGGGCUGGGUGAAUAUAUAGGGACACUUGCCUGCAUCUCAGAUAUUUAAAAGAUUAAAUAGUUUUAAACUACUUCAGAUACUCCCCAUAUCUUUUCAAAGUCCACAGUAAGGUGAGCAAUAAUAAAAUCAUGAUAAAGCCAUAGAGGUUAGGGGAGGAAUGUCUUGGUUACAGGUUUAUCUUGCCCAGACUGCUGGAUAGCAGAAGGGCCUGUGUAGAACUGGUGUGAAGUUGAAGCUUCCUACUCAAAACACAAAAUUAGCCAACAUUAAAAAAAAAAUAAAAAAGCAAAGUCUCUGGUAGGCAGUAACACUCAAAUAAAAAAUAUUCAUGUCUAAAAUAACAACAGCUUUCAGCAACUUACUCUGUAAAUAAAAGGAGCAGCAAAGAAAUAGGAUCCAGAACUAAGUGCAGAUUCUCCCUAAGCUUCAAGACCUUGUUUUUAAUUAAAAGGUAAAUUCAUAUCCCAAAAUAGCAGCCAUCCCGUACAUUUCUAUCUUUCCCCUGCAUGUAUCCCUAUCCUGUUUCUUUACACUUAGAGAGUGAUUGGGACCUUUGACAAAUUUAUGUUGCUUUUGGAGCUGUAGGACUCUGCAGCUCCAGAAGAUUUGCAUUGCAGUCAUUUUUCCAGUUGGUCCGAGGAAAGGACUGCAUGGCCCUGCUCAGAAACCUGAGAGCAGCCUGGGGUCUCCUGUGGUCUCUGUGCAAGACUGAAGGUCAAUUUAUUUAUGGGCUGCUCCCACACCCCUGCUUUGGGCGUGAGCACCCCACACCUGAGAAGGGGCUUUCCUCCCACGCUCUGCUCAGCAGUUCCACACAGCUGUGUUUCAUAGCCUAAUGCCAGCAGGAAUCUCUGCUGAUAGCUCUCAGAAAGAACAAAACCCAGCUCCCUGAGUGCCAGCACCCACAAGGAGUAGCUCCCAGCAGCAGCAUCUGUAUUCAGUAUCAGUAGCAUUGGUAACCUUGGCCUUUUGGCCAGGGCACUUUGCAGGUGACAGCUUAGUACUUCUUUUUGUUUCCAAUCAAAUAGUCAAAAUCAGAUACCAAAGAUUAACCUGUACCUGUGGUGGGCCUAGAGCCACCGUCCCUGAUGCCUCCACCACAAGAAAUCCAGGCAGUGGAUGAUGCACAGGGGGCCUCUUGGGAGUGAGGGGCUGGAUGGCAAUGCUGGAGCUUUCUUCUUCUGUCACUGCGGGGUGCAGGUCAGAAUUCAUCCCCCUGGGGAGUCCUCUUGAAGGCAGGAAUUCAGAGUGGAAUGAGCCCAAGCAGGGUGUUUGAGCCAGGACACACAUCUCCCAGGAUUACCUGGCACAGCCUCUAAACUCUCACUUUUUUGCACAGAGCAGAGUCCCACUUUAGUCUCACAGGCUGCAGGAAAUUAGGAAAAUAAAAUGAGAUAUUGGCUAUCCAGGGUCUCCUGGGCAGCUCAGGGAGCCAGGAAUGAGGCUGGGCACUCAGAUGAGAGCUGCUCACUCCAUACACAGAGUACUGGUCCCAUUUUCUUCUGCCACUGUUGUCAUUCUCCAUUUUGGGAGAUUGUUUCAGAGAGAGGAGAACCAGUGGUUUAAAGCUACAAAAAUACUUGAAAGCUUAAAGAAGAUUUUUAUAUUGUCUAAAGCCAUGUGGCUGAAACUGAUCAUGUCCAUGCAUUUAUAGUUUAGGUUGUCCUUUUAUGCAUCAUUUGCUUUUCACUGUCCGUUUGUAUUUUUUUUUCCCCUCUCUCUUGACAUUAUGAAGCACAGGAUUGGUGAACUGAUCCAUAUUAAAACAAGCCUUUUUUAUUUUUUCCUCUCUUUCAAACCCUGUUCUGGUGGCUGCUCUGUUCUCUCACUGUUGUAUGGACAUUUGUGCCAGCAAAGGGAAGGGAUGAUCCAGAAAAGGCUGGUAUAAGCUAGGACUGACACAGAAAGCAUUUGGGAAGUUCAUGUGCAGGACACCAUCCAGUGCAGUUAAAAGGGAAUUAGUUUGAAUGUGAUGGCCUUGGGCUGAGCCUUAAUAUUAGAGGCAAUAGAAGGUGGUCUAAAAGUUCAAGGAGUGAUUGUCCACUAAGUAAUCUGAGAUGUGACAUACUUCACAGUUUCCUGGUAAGGAGGUUUGCUGCAGAAGAUGGAUUCUGCACUAUAGAAUCUGUGUUUUUAAAGAAUACAUAUUUCCAGCUUUGGAAUUGAGAAAAUGUUUUGAAACUGAAGAUAAUAUACCAAGCCCCACUAUCCCUACCUGAUUCCUGCUGGAGUCCCAGAUGCACCUCUGGUCCAUGCCUGUGUUUUGCCAGGCAAAUUUUAAAAAAAUAAAUCAACUACAAAUUGAAGGUUGGAAAUGAAGAUGAAAAAGGUAAUACAGCCUUGGUAUUAACUUCUUAUUAACCCCAAGGAUAUCACUGCACUGAGUUACUUGUUCUCAUGUAAUAUUUAAAAGAGAAAGCAAGCUGCUGUAGAUCUGAUUUUCCACCCUGCUUCCCUAGAAGGGCCUAAGGUCCAUCUGCCCUUCACAGCAGACUUCAACCUGUAGAGGAACUGAGUGGCUACCUGCAUGGAGGCUUGCUCCUGCUCAGGACGGACAGGGUUCUAGUCAAGCAUGAGGAAAACAAGCAAAAACAAGUGUGGAGGAUGAGUGCCUGUCCUGCACACAACUGUGUGUCCCACAAAGGGACACUAAAGAGUCCUGCCCAGUGGAGUUGUGGGGUCUGUGCACCCUUCACUCUGGUGACAGGCAGCCAUAUGGGUAGCCCCAUGUCCUGCCACCCCAGGAGCAGAGUUUGGCAUGGCCUCUGCACAGCCCUGAGCAUUUGUUCCAUCAUAGCAUUUCCUGAUGGUUUACAUCCAGAUCAAAUUGUUUACAGGGAAAGGAAGAAUGGGAUCUGAAUAAUAAAAAUCAUUUACUGACAGAAUUUGGAGAGUUUCCUGGGACCACCACCUGGGGAGCAAUCUUUCAUGCUUACUCCAUGCAUGGUAUCUUGUGGGCUUAUGUACACAGGGUUUUUCUGACGAUAAGUGUUACAUCAAGUGUGAUCCAUGUUAUAUUGCUGCUGGGUUAUGACCUUAGUGCUAAUUACCUGCUGUCUGUUAAAUGUCUAAAUAAAAGGUAACUUCCAAGCUGUUGGAAGUCAAUGGUA